ACAUCAUUUCAUAUUUCCCCUUUUUCUUACUAUAAACACACAAAAUGAAGUUUGGAAACUAUUUGGAAGAGCGUAAAUCGCACUUGCCAGAAGAAUAUGCUAUCAACUGUAUCGAUUAUAAUGACUUGAAAACCAUUUUAAAGGAACAAGUCUAUUCAAAUUCAAUUAAACUCGAAAAUACGCAGGUAGAACAACAGCCCUUUGCCCAACUCGUGUCAGAGCGCCUCGGCCAACUGCAAAAAUGCGUGGUCGCAUUUAUUGAAAAGUUAGACCAACAAGUUGAGAAAUCCACCAAAUUUUUCGAAAAAGAAUCACAAAAGCUAGUACAAGAAGGCCCAAAAAUCAUAAACGAUAACUCUGCUGAAGCAACCACCACAUUAUUAAAAAGAAUUAUCACACUUGAAAGAUUUGUGUUUCUCAACUAUACUGGCAUUACAAAGAUUCUCAAGAAGAACGAUCGUCAUUCAGGUCUCUCGUUAUCCCAACCUUACCUGGAGCGUGUUGCUCAAUUACCCCUUGUCAAGGCAGAAGACUUAACAGCAUUAAAGAAAAGAGUAAUGAACAAGCUAAAUGAGCAGCAUUUGGACGGCAAUGCUGCUGUAGCAAACUUGUCUUCAACAUCGCCAAUUAUGGUAAGAAGUCGCUCUCAUCAUUUAAACCCAUCCACUGUAUUACCACCUACCUUUAUUGUUCCAAAUCAAAAAGUGCUCGUUUCCUUAUCCGGCCCUCAUGGUACAGAUAUUGUUGGUGCAGUACUUGACUGUCUUGCUAGACAUCCUUGUAAUGUGGAUGAUUUUAUGUUGUCCCGUCUCUAUCACAACGUCACAUUUGGUGUCCUCAUCACUUUACAUUCUGAUAAUGUCGCCAUUUUCCGUGAUUUAGCUGAAGCUGCCCAAAAAUGGGACGCUUCGUUGACUUAUGAUAUUCCUGAUUCUCAAGCGACUGAACCUUUGAUUCGCGAACAAAAAGAAAAUCUGAAAAAAGACAAGAAGAAAGAAAACCGCGUUUCUGCACCUAUUUAUAUCCCAUCAUCUCUUGAAGAAGCCCCUUAUUCAGAACGUAUUAAAUAUGCUGCCACUAUCUUAAAUCAAGACGGAUUAGACUCUACUUUCUUGAGUGAAUGGACUCGUUUACUAUUGAAGCAUCGUAUCUCUGUUGAGAAAAUGAUUAGAUUGAACAAGGAUAACGAUAAACUUUCUUGUGCUGAUCUCCGUUUGAGUGUGCCAAGAGGUAUGGAUAUGAGUUUGCUUCGUACUGAGCUCAUUGGUUUGUCCGCAAGUUAUGGUACUGAUGUGGCCUUGCAACGUGACGAUGUCUUCAGAAAGAAUAAGAGACUUGUUGUAUUCGACAUGGACUCUACCUUGAUUUAUCAAGAAGUCAUUGAUGAAAUUGCCCGGUAUGCCGGUGUUGUCGAUCAAGUUUCUGCUAUCACUGAGGCUGCUAUGAAUGGUGAAAUUGAUUUCAAAGAAUCAUUACGUCGUCGCGUAAAUCUUUUAAACGGAACAAGUGUUGGUGUUCUAGAAAACGUCAAACAGAUUCUUACUUUUACUGAGGGUGCUCGUUUCUUGUGUCGUGCAUUGAAGAAGCUUGGAUUCAAAUUGGCUGUUAUUAGCGGUGGAUUUAUGCCCUUAGCACUUUAUGUCAAAGCUGAAUUGGGAUUAGAUUAUGCUUUUGCCAAUCAGCUUGAAGUUUCCUCUGAUGGAUUAACCCUCACCGGUGAAACCAUUGGCCCUAUCGUAGAUGGCGUCCGUAAGGCGGAAUUACUUGAAGUCAUUGCACAAGCUGAGGGGUUAACUUUAAAACAAGUGAUUGCUGUCGGGGAUGGUGCUAAUGAUCUGUGGAUGCUUAACAAAGCUGGACUUGGUAUCGCAUUUAACGCCAAGCCUCGUGUUCAAGAACAAGCGGGUGCAAGAAUCAACCAAAAGAGUUUGAAAUAUGUACUGACAUUGCUUGGUUAUUCUGAACAGGAUAUGGAGGAAUUGGGAGGAAAUAAUUAAAGUAGAUUUUAUUUGAAAAUAAUAAAAAAAAAAUCAUUUAUGGGUUUCCUGGUAAAUAGCAACUGAGAAACUCGCCAACGGGAUCGGGAUCCCCGUCAGUCUGUACUUUUUUCGCGCAUUCUGUCGGAGCCCUCCCAGUGUCUACUGUCAGUGGUUCGUCAUGUCUAGCU